AUGAGAGAAAAUUCGGGGGAUGGUUUAGUUGAAGGCCGAAGACGUCAUCACAGAAGACGCAACCAACACUUGAUGCCGAUGAUGAUGAUGGGUCUCCUGAUUAUGGGCUCCGUUCUCAUACCAAUGGGAUUUCAAUUCCUCGCCGUACUCGGAGGAAAGGCUCUGAUUCUCGCGAAAUUGGCCCUCAUGCUCUCAAGUAUUCAGGGACUCAAGAAAAUAGCGACCAACGGAGUUAAUUACGGUCUCUAUCACACACCAGUGGCAGACGGCUGGCACGAAAGGAGCCAUCACGAAUCUCUGGGUCAUUAUGAAGUGCCGUAUCAGGCGUAUCAACGGCCAUAAUAAAUAGUUACCAUGUAUGUUGUCAUCAACCGUUCGAUCAAUAAUUUUUUAUUUAUUCAUUCAUGUAUCAUUAAUAGUUCUAAUAAUACGCAAUGAAAUCAAAUUUCCUCAAUUAUUAAAAGACAU